AUGGAAAUCGAACAAACCCUAACAUCAUCUCCCGCCGCCACACAACAACAAACCCUACCAGCUCCCUCCGCCGCACAACAACAACAACCACAAACCCUAACCGGAAGAUUCUGCAGAUGCCUCUUCACGUCUAUUUUCUACCUACAACUCAUCCUAAUCUCAGCCCUAGUCAUCUUUCUCACACUCAGAGGUCUACUCUUCACCAAAUCACCAAACUUCCUCCCCAAGAAAUGGUACACCCCUCUGUUAUCCUCUGUCGCCAUCUCAGGACUCCUCUCUUUAGCCUGGCAAUGCUUCUUCCUCUCCAACAUAGCAGCGACAUCCAAAGCCACCAUCAUCCUCACUCCGCUACUCACAUUCUCCGUAGGGCUCUUCCUUGUAACCUACGGCAAAACCUAUGUUCCAGCGAUCGGUGGCGUUCUCGUGUUCUUCAGCUUUGCUCAGGCCUCUCAUGGUUGGUGUGUCGUUACUCGUAGGAGGCGUGAUUUCACCUUCCAUAUCAUGACACUCUCCACAACCGUUCUACCUCCAAGAACCAGAGUAAUAGCUGUUGUGUCAUCGAUCUUAAGCGUCUUGUACUCUGCUUUCUUGGUGGCUGGAAUCGGUGGAGCUACCGCUACAAGAAAAGGUCUUGUUGACAUUCUUUUCAUCUCUUUAAUCAUGAUAAGCUUUGCCUGGACGAUGCAAGUUCUCAAGAACGUACAAGUAGUCGCUAUUUCCAAAGCUGCGUACGUGCACUUUGCUCGCGGUGGGGUCAUGAGCGCAUGUGGGGCUAUUUGUAGCCAGUUCGGGAGCGUUUGUAUUGGUUCAACACUAGUUCCAGUCUUUGUAGUCAUCAGGGGAAUGAUCAGAGCUUGUAACAAGAUGGGCAAUGACGGUGUCCGGACCAUGUAUGCAGGUGAUGAAGACUGCUCUUGGGUUGUUAAUCAUGUGGUCUUAGUGGGAAACAGAUAUGGUUUUGUUCAUGUGGGAGUUCACAACAAAGGCUUUGUGCAAGCGUCUAGAGAUACUUGGCAAGAGUUUAGAAGAACGGCUGGCUUGGAGGAGCUUGUAGAUGCUGACCUCACUAGCUCCAUCUGCUUCCUUAGUGCCUUUGGUAUUGGAGCAGUGUCUGCAUUAACUGCAGGGAUAUGGGAGCUUAAUAUCCAUAAGGAAUACUUCUUUCAGAUGACUCUCUAUGCCUUCAUCAUUGGAUACUUUGUGGGGAGAGUUUCAUCUGCUUGGCUGCAAGCAUGUGUUAUGGCUUACUUUGUAGCUUAUGCUGCUGAUCCAAAUGGAGAUAGGUUUGACAACACAAUUCGAGAACGUAUUGCGCGGCAAGAUGUUGAAGAGACUAUAAGAUUAGCUGAUAGAGAAGUGAGACAGCGGGAGGAUGAACCGGAGAUCACAUACAUGUAG